AACAAUAACAGCAGCAGCACAACACUGCUAGCCUGUGUUAUCGUCCACCAAGGCGGUGACGGAGAUCGGCAUCACUGGAGGACCUCACAGGGCUGCGCUAUAAGCGCCUUAAGCCCUUUUGACACUGAUUCUGAUUCCAGUCUUUCCCUAAGAUCUCUCUCAUGACGACCGCUCCGCCUCCGCUGUCUGUCCAACCAGAUCUGACUUAUCGGCCUCUAGCAGCGCCGCGACCCAGAACGUGCCGUCACUCCUGGUUCUCUGUUACUCUCUCUGUCUUCCUCUUCCGCUCAUCUUCGACUGAUCUGAUCCUUUGAUCUGGAGACGCCAUCGACCAUAUCGCCCACCCCUUUCUGCUGCCCUGGAAUCGCCUGUUUCGCGCCCAGUUCCAGCUCCGUCGAAUUGUCUGCUCUCUUCCAUCCCGGCCUGACCAAUGUCCUCCCCAUGUCAAGCCCUUCCUCCGCAGCAGAUAAUGGCUCGCCCGGACCCCUGGUGACACCUGCUCCGGCUGCCCAACAUGAUUGCAGAACGAGGAUCGACUCAGAUCUCCGCGAGCAGGGGAUCCAGGAGUCCGGUCAGCGGCCGAUCGACUCUCAUUCCGUUCCGCGUACGCCAUCACCCUCGUCCCCCGCGCCGUCUCCGAAUCCCACGCCGCGGAGUCGGGCCUUCCACCUCAAAAGAGCCUCCACGACGUCCCUCGAGCAUCUCCGGCGUCCCGAUCUCUCCUCGAUCCGCCCGCAGAGCCCCCUGCUUUCAGAGAGAGACAGUAUCUUUGCCACCCACUAUCUCCCCUCGGACAGUGAGGUGAGUACUCCGCCGCUCCCUCCAGUGUCAGAUGCAGACCGUGAAGACAAGGUCAGCCUGAUACCGGGCCAUGAAGAUGUAUCUGCGUCCGCUGUGACGACUGCGAGUAUUCCCAACCUGAGCCACGAUUCCCGCUCCAGCAUGGAGUCUCCUCUCCGUCGAUCCAUUGCCCAUCACCCUCCAUCCCUUCGUCCAACCGUCGGCCUCCCCUCGCCUCUUUUUAGUCACACUGGGUCUCGUGUAGGUUGGGUGAAGCAACACGAAACGCAGGACAGCUCGAAGCAAGCGGGAUCCCACGGGACGGCUGUCCGGGAGACCCUACAUCCUCUACGCAAGAUUGUCUCGGACGGCAUCGCUGGCGAAAUUCCGACCCUCAAGAGCACCAACGCCGGAAACAUUUUGCCCCCUCCUGUUGACAUCUCUCGUUCCAACUGGAAUCCAAUGGUGAUCAGGUCGGAUGCCAAUCGCGAGCCGCUGCAGCCCGGGGAAUCGUCGCUGAAGGAAAAGGAGAUUAUCAAGGAGGAUCUAGGACACACAAAACUAGAAAGGAGUGGAAGCAGAGGUCGCAGCAGUAGGGUGGAGGAAUCAAUUGAAGCCAAUAUAGCGAACGCGGAGCCGACAUCUCAUGUCCGCAGCCGCAAAUCCAGUCAUUAUCUGGGGUUGUUCAAGGAGAACACGACUACCUCUCCGGACCGAAAGAGGCGAGAGGAUCGUGCCAAACAUGAUCAUGACCAGCUGACAGAACCCCAGGGAGAUCACCGGCAGCCACCGUCUUGGGAACCUACCGAUGUAGUGCUCGCGUCUCCGGAGCGACACAAGACAUUUCCUCGCACCGAGGCGGACUCCAAGGACAAAGCUGGCGCGCUGGAGCCCUCUGAUCGUCCGAAUGAUGUGGUUUAUCUCGCGGACCAGCCAAGAACGUUGCCACGGAAGUUGCUGGAUGAAAUCCGAAAUUUUCACCUCACCCCAGGCGGUGGCCAUGGCACGUCCUUCUCCAAGAGCAUUCCCACUCAGUACUCAGAGCGGCGCCGUGAUUAUUUCGAAGGCGUUUCUGAGGACAGUCUGUCACCAUCGUCGGAUACGGCUCGGGCCCGGCGUUCGCGCGAUCCCAGUCAAUUCGAGGAAGAGGAUGACGAACAGAUCUCGUCAGCCUUGUAUUUCCCACACGAGCGUGCCACAUCGGAGGACGUUGAACAAUUGGAAUCGUUCGAACGUCGCCCUGUCAGUGACCUAGAAUAUGAUGCAAUCCGGGCGGAUGCAGAACCGGGUCUUGUGAAGCCCGAGCUCAGCAAGGAACAGGAAGUUAGCCAUGUGGAUAUUUCUCUACGGUCCAAGACCGAUAGCAGGAUACUGCAUGGUGAAUUUCAAGGUUUACCUCCGCUACAACGUGACACGAGUGAGAAGUCUUUGGCGACUAUAUCCGAAUUCAGCCAAGAAUCUGCUUCCGAAUCCGAGUUUGCGUCAGCUGAUGAGAGCGCAUCGUCUGUCCGGGAUGAGGAAUCCAGUGUAACUGACGAUGCUGAGAUGACACCCACGGCGACGCCCACCCAGCGUAGCCGAUAUCUACGUGCCCGGCGUCCCCGUCCGGUAGGAGCGGUGGAGUUGAAGCCAUACCGUCACCAGGUGGGCGGUCACACAACAGUGUUUCGCUUUUCGCGACGUGCCGUCUGCAAGCAGCUGAAUAAUCGAGAAAAUGAGUUCUAUGAGAGGAUCGAACGCAGGCAUCCGGAGAUGUUGAUGUUCCUACCAAGGUAUAUUGGUGUUCUCAACGUGACUUUCUCCAAGAUUCCCAAGCGGCCAAAAGCUCCGGCCGGAGAUGCCGCAGAACACGUUGAGGGUGGAAACAUCGGUGACUCUAAAUCCGAGGACACUGCUCCAGCGCCUGUGAGUCAAAUUCCAGGUUCAUCGGAACAGCCUAGGAUCUUCAGUCAGCAACAGGUAACUGGGAUCAUUCCGAAAGUCAUAUUGGAAAAUAAUCGUCACAUCAUCCCUGCCGACCUAUUUUCCUCUCAGAGGCCAAGGACGGCGGACGAUGCGAGGACUGGUAGGAGUCUGCUGUCUCGACGAUCCGCCUCAGAUAUGCCGCAUAGUAGCUCCGCGGGCGAUAUAUCGGCGCCGGCGCCGCAGUUGAGUAGCCAUAAACCCAGCUGGGGUGCUACAACGGUAAACCGAAAGCUACAGGAGCAAGUUCUGCGAGAGGUCUUCUCGCCACCUGCUAUCCAUCAUCAUCGACGGCACGCACGCGGACACACCAUGUUGCCCAGGAUGCAUUCAGAUACCAAUCGACGGAGAGCCAACCUCUCAGAAGAUCAAACGGCCAGCAACCGCCGCGGCAUGUAUGGUAACAAGGGAUCGCCCAAAGAUUCUGGCAUUGACAUUGCUGCUUUCAAGAACCAGGACCAGCAGGGACUCUCGUCAUCCGCAUCGACCGCGAUGGAAGGCAAUCCGAGUCUACUGGAGAGGGUUCGAACAGCGGAAAGCCCUCCCCGCGCUAGUUCCGCCUCUCGGACGCGCGCUGUCAGACGACGCCAUUCAGGGAGUGGCCUGCAGCGGCGCCGAAGCCUGAGUUCUGGAAAACGCGGUGAAUUGAUGUUUUUCGAUGAUGAAGGCUACGGUGGUGACAGGGAAGAUGAGAUUUUCGCUAUGGAAGGGGAUAACCCCUCUGCGGUUGUCUCUCCUCCCGAACAGAAGUCUCCGGCUGCCACUCUCCCCAAGGAUAAUGACCCGUCCGAUGAAGUUGGGGAAAACCAUAUUGAGGAUUCUAAGAAUCCUUGGACGACCGGGAAAACUGCUCCAUCAGCUGCCCCGGAAGCCAACGGGGUAGAUCGUUUCUACGUCCCCAAAAAUCCUAAAGAGGCACAGACACGAAAAGACGAGAGAGUCCAGUUCUUUCUUCUGCUGGAGGACCUCACUGCUGGGAUGAACAAACCUUGUGUCUUGGACUUGAAGAUGGGCACUCGGCAAUAUGGCAUCGAAGCAAAUGAAAAGAAGAAAAAGUCUCAACGGCGGAAAUGUCAGACAACGACAUCGCAGCAGCUUGGUGUACGAUUGUGUGGGAUGCAGACGUGGAACGUAAAGAAGCAAGAGUAUCUGUUCGAGGACAAAUAUUUCGGACGUGACUUGAAGUCAGGACGAGAAUUUCAAGAUGCCCUCACCCGUUUUCUUUAUGAUGGUGUCAGCUACACUAGCGUUGUGAAGAUGGUUCCUAUCAUCCUCGAGAAGCUUGGGAAACUGGAGAAUAUGAUUCGAAAACUCAAAGGUUAUCGAUUUUACGCAAGCAGCCUGCUUAUUCUCUAUGAUGGGGAGCAGUCGCCUCCGAAUGGUCACGAGAAUGCGGCCAGUGCAGCCAAUACGGAUGGGCACGCCGAUAAAAGACGAGCCCCUCUGUACCGUCGUCCUUCGGAGGAGGUGCAGCGAAACUAUGAUGUCCAAUUGAAGAUCGUGGACUUCGCCAACUGUGUUACGGGCGAAGACGAACUGCCUCCUGAUGUUCCUUGUCCGCCACACCAUCCCGGAGAUAUCGACCGUGGCUAUCUUCGGGGUCUCCGUAGUUUGCGCAUGUACUUCCAGCGCAUCCUGAACGAGGUCGGCCAGGAAGAUUACGUGGAACGAGGAGAGGGUGAGGCCAUGGCACUGGCACCUCGUGGUUCUGUCCAGGAUGUCGUGGCCGAUCGUUCCUGGGAAGAAGGCGUCAUGGAGAGUGAUCCCGGGGAGGUCAGCUUCUGAUGCUGUUCAAAGCGUUUCAUUGCAUGCAUAUCUGGAGAUAGAGGUUUUCAUUCACCCGGAGUUGGUGGGCUUUUCCAUUCAUCUCAUCGGCACGGCUCGUACAUGGACGCUACUCACCACAUGCCUCCUGGCCCGAUGGCCACGAAGGCUCGACGAAACUUUGUUGAUUACAUCUUCUUACCGUUAUUUUGUCGGGUUGUACGGCGUUUAUUCACUGGGCGGGAAGCGAGAAUGUUUUGAAAAGAUUCCCCCGGCAACGGUGAUACGACUGCUCUUGAUUUUCGCAUAUUCUUCUCUUUCCGUUCUAUACCGUCUUGCCAGGUCUGG